AUGCUCAAAAUCGCCGGCUUGCCGGGACUCCACAUAAUGCGAAAAUUGAAACGGUCCCCACUGUCUGAUGGUGAUGUUGAUGUUGAUGAUGUGAUGAUGAUUAUGAUUGCAUACGUCGGCGACCAGCACAAUUGGCCAAAUUCCCUGACUCGGCUGCUCGGCCAAUGCACCUGUUGCCACGACCCGUUGGACAAUGGGCUUGCCAUGCAUCGCUUGGCCCGGCAUCCCGACCACAUGAAGUACGACCUCUCCGGAUACCCCGCGGUCGCCACUCCGUGGACGGCCAGACUGCCUGGCCCCUCGGCCUGCCUGUCCUGGAGUCUGAGUCUGCAUUUGGUCGGCCUGCCGGCCUACCUGACCGCCGUCGCUUCGGCCGGGCCCAGAUCGCGCCAGUCGGUCGAGGGCAGAUGCUUCGCUCUCGACCUCCAACCUUCGAGGCAUCAACAGGCAACACAACAACGCAGAGCACACUCACAUGUAAGUGGCGUUGCACACUCCGUUUGCUGCCAGGCUGGCUGGAAUCGUUCAGUCUCAAGGGGUUGA